ACUGGUACUAAAUACAUGUGUCUAGAAGGAGGAUGUGGCGCGUGUAUAGUAGCAGUUACCUUGAACAAUUACACGUUUUCAACGAAUUCUUGCCUUGUUCCAAUUUUUUUGUGCAAUGGUUGGAAAGUCACUACUACUGAAGGCAUUGGAAGUCAAAAAAAGGGUUACAGUCCUAUACAAAGCAAGCUAGCUGAGCUUAAUGGUUCUCAGUGUGGUUUCUGUUCUCCUGGUAUGGUUAUGAAUAUGUAUAGUCUUGUCAAGAGUAAAAAAAAUUUGACUGAUGAUAUUGAAAAUGGUUUUGGUGGUAACAUAUGUCGUUGUACGGGAUAUAGACCAAUUUUAGACGCUUUUCAGUCAUUGUCAAGUCCAGUUCCCAGGAAAUCAAUCAAUUGUUACGACAUCGAAGAUUCACAUGUAGUAUUUCAACUGCCAGAAAGUUGUAAGACGUGUAAAAAUUCACACGAUGACUUUGUAAAUAUUGAGAUUGAAGAGUUAGAACCGAUCCAUUUAAAUCUUGAGGGUGCCGAAUUUUUCAAGGUAUUCAGUGUGGAUCAAAUUUUUGCAAUCUUUAAAAAAAAAACUAGUAGCACUUACAUUCUCAACGGAGGAAACACAGGAAAUGGUGUUUAUAGGAUCAGGGAGAAAGAUUUAUACAUCGACAUCAACGGUGUACACGAACUUCACAACAUUAUAAAAACUGAUUCUACCUUAACUGUCGGUGCUACAACUUCUUUACAAACGGUUAUCGAAUUAUUUCCUCAUAUCGCCAAGCACCCAGGGUUUGCAUAUCUUCAUCAAAUAGCCCUCCAUGUCAACCUUAUUGGUCAUGUUUCAAUGCGUAAUAUUGGCACAAUCGCUGGAAAUUUAAUGCUAAAACAUGAACAUCCUGAAUUCCUUUCAGAUUUAUUUCUGAUUUUGGAAACAGUUGAAGCAGAAAUACAAAUUCUUGAAGCUGAAAAAAAUAAAAUCUCAAUGAAGUUACUAGAUUUUUUAAAAGUUGAUAUGAGACACAAAGUUAUACAUAGUAUUAUUUUGAAAAAAUUGGAUAGUAAAAAAAACUUUAUGUCCUAUAAGAUAAUGCCAGUCUAUCAAAAUGCUCAUGCUAUUAUGAAUGCUGGUUUUCUCCUUCAGCUGGACACUAAAUCAGUGGUUGUAGAGAAACCUAACAUAGUCUUUGGUAAUAUCAAUCCUAGUUUUUAUCAUGCAGAAAAAACUGAAUCCUUUCUUGCUGGCAAAAAUAUUUUUAAUAGAAAUGUUUUAAAAUGUGCUCUUGAUAUUUUAUAUGAUGAGUUGAAUCCAGAUUAUGUUUUGUCGAAACCGACACCUCAAUACCGUAGAAUACUUGCUCUAAGCUUAUUUUACAAGUUUCUCCUUAGUUUACAACCUCAUAAAAUUAGUUACAAACUAAGGAGUGGUGGAAAUAUUUUAAAACGUAAUAUUUCGUCUGGAGUAAGCGUAUACAACAUUGAUAAAAGUAUGUGGCCAUUAAAUAAGCCAUUGACGAAACUUGAAGCGAUCUAUCAAACAUCAGGUGAAGCUAUAUACCUAGAUGACAUACCUAGACAAGACAGUGAAGUAUUCUGUGUCAUGACUUUAGCGCCUAGACCUGGAAAAAUAAAAAGUAUCGAUUAUGAGGAUGCAAUGCAAAUGAAUGGUGUUGUUGCAUUUUACUCGUAUAAAGAUAUCCCAUCCAAAAACGUCUGUGUAAAUAGUCAAAAACCUCAUAUGUUCAUUUCGAGCGAUGAACCGCUCUUUGCUGAGUUGGAAGUUUUGUAUGCUGGACAACCAUACGGCGUCAUAGCAGCUACUUCUCAGUACAAAGCUUUUGAUGCUGCACAGAAAGUUAAAUUGAUUUAUGAAAAUGAACGUGUAACAAAACCAAUAAUUACUAUACAAGAAGUACUCAGUACCAAUGAUCAAAACAGGAUUAGAAAAUUCUUUGACAAUCCCGCAACGAAACCAGCAGGUAAAGAUGUUCAAUUUAGGAUCAGUGGUGAUAUCAAUGUUGAAAGUCAGUAUCACUAUACGCUUGAACCUCAAUCUUGUAUAUGCAUACCAAUUGAAGGUGGGAUGGACGUAUUUGUUGGAAGUCAAUGUGUUGAAUUUUUACAGUGGGGUAUCGCUACUUGCUUGGGAAUUCCUAUGAAUACUAUUAAUUUUCGCCUCAAACGCGUUGGUGGAGCUUAUGGAUGUAAAAUUACUAGACCAGCACACCCUGCUUGUGCUUGUGCUUUAGUUGCUUAUAAACUUAAUAGACCAGCUCGACUGAUCAUGUCCAUCGAAGAUAUGAUGAAAUCAAUGGGAAAAAGAUCCCCUGCGUAUCUUCACUAUGAUGUUGGUGUCAAUGAAAUGGGAAAAAUUCAAUUUUCUAAUCUUCAUUACUUUAGUAAUGAAGGCUACUCAUUCAAUGAUGCAGUUUUAUUGAUGGAAAUAACAAAAGGGUUGCAAAAUUGCUAUGACUAUUCAACUUGGAAUAUGAUUGGUUAUCACUUAAAAACAGAUUUGCCUUGCAACACUUGGUGUAGAGCACCUGGCUCUUGUGAUGGAAUAGCAAUGAUAGAAACUAUAAUGGAACAUAUAGCAAAAGUUACUAAAAAAAAUCCCUUGCAAGUCAGACUGGAAAAUAUGAAUGUGGAUAAUAAAAGCACAUUGCAACCAAUUAUAGAUGAAAUCACAAGAACAUCCGACCUUCAAAAUCGUCAUCAAAUAGUAGAUAAAUAUAAUAAGUACAAUCGAUGGAAGAAAAAGGGGAUUGCUUGUACCCUUAUGGCAUACUACACUGAUUUCUUUGGCCCAUUUUAUGCAUUAGUUUCAAUUUUUGCUCGAGAUGGUACAGUUUCCAUCACACACGCUGGAAUAGAAAUUGGGCAAGGCAUAAAUACCAAGGUUGCUCAAGUAGCAGCUUAUGUCUUAGGAAUAGACCCUGACCUCAUUAAAAUAAGACCGUUUGAUAGCUCGAUUUUACCCAACGCCCAAGGAACUAUUGGCAAUGUUACAAGUGACUGCUGUACUAGUGCAACUCAAUUUGCAUGCAAGCAACUGCUUAAUAGAUUACAACCGAUUCGCGAAAAGUUAAAAAAUCCAACCUGGCAACAAUUAGUAUUCGAAGCUUACAAUCAAGGGGUUGAUCUGUGUGCAGUUCACCAAUAUAGUCCCAAGUCCACUGAUCCUCCUAACAAGCCUUAUGUAGUUUAUGGGGCUGCUGUGGCAGAAGUGGAGGUCGAUGUCUUGACUGGACAACAUAUAGUAGAAAGAGUUGAUAUUUUAGAAGAUGUUGGUGUCAGUAUGAAUCAAAAAAUAGAUGUAGGACAAAUACAAGGGGCUUUCAUAAUGGGUCUUGGACGAUACACUUCAGAAAAAUUAUUUUACGAUCCAAAUACAGGAGCACUAGUGAAUAACAGAACAUGGAACUAUAAACCUCCCGGUGCUCAAGAUAUUCCUGUGGACUUUAGGAUCAACUUGUAUGGUGACGGUCCUAAUCCAACUGGUACUUUAAGAUCAAAAAAUACUGGGGAACCAGCUUUGUGUAUGAGUAUUGUGGUUCCUUUUGCUAUCCGAAACGCACUUGACUCGGCAAGAUCGAAUGCUGGUAAUAAUGACGAGUGGUAUGAAAUGGACACCACCACUACGCAAGAAACCAUUUUGUUAACAAGCCUUACCAGCAAAGAGGGAAUGACCUUAUAA